CCCCACCUCCCUGCGCUUCGGAACAUGGCGGCGGCGGCGAUAACGGCGGCGAGGGACUGAACCAGCCCGGCGCUCGGCCGCAGGAAGUAGGCGUGGCUUCCUCUCCUAAAACUGGCCAUUUGCAAUGUUGCUGAAGGCUGCCUAUCUGUCCUCUUCAGAUUAGUAAACCUAAGCCAGUUGCAGAGUGAGGCCCUGUAUCAGGCAAUAUAAUGCGGAAGCCAAGCCCUCAGAAAGCAAUAGAUUGGAAAGAUGGCAAAAAGCACAAGUAUGGACGUCUAUCUGAACCCCCUUCUCAGUAUCAAGGUCAUUUUGCCUGGGAUAAAUACUUGAAAGAGACAUGUUCCAUCCCAGCUCCUGCCCAUUGCUUCAAGCAGUCUUACGCCCCACCCAGCAAUGAAUUCAAGAUCAGCAUGAAGUUAGAAGCCCAAGAUCCCAGAAACACCACGUCAACUUGUAUUGCCGCUGUGGUGGGGCUGACAGGUGCCCGUCUCCGAUUACGUCUCGAUGGCAGUGACAACAAGAACGACUUCUGGCGUCUGGUAGAUUCUUCAGAAAUCCAGCCCAUUGGCAACUGUGAAAAAAAUGGCGGGAUGCUCCAACCUCCUUUAGGUUUUCGUCUGAAUGCUUCCUCUUGGCCUAUGUUUCUUCUGAAGACUCUGAACGGAGCAGAAAUGGCUCCCAUUCGGAUUUUCCAUAAGGAGCCACCAUCUCCAUCCCAGAAUUUCUUUAAGAUGGGGAUGAAACUUGAGGCUGUAGACAGGAAGAACCCACAUUUCAUCUGCCCAGCCACUAUUGGUGAGGUACGGGGUUCUGAAGUCCUUAUCACUUUUGAUGGCUGGAGGGGAGCCUUUGAUUACUGGUGCCGCUAUGAUUCUCGUGACAUCUUCCCUGUUGGCUGGUGCUCAUUGACUGGUGACAAUUUACAGCCCCCUGGAACAAAAGUUGUCAUUCCAAAGACCCCGUUCCCGCCCCCUGACGUGAUCUCCGAAAAAGGCACCAUGCACAACACCACAAGGAGCAUCCUGGAACAUCUGCCUGGACAAAGAGGCCGCAAACCUGGUCGUAAAAGAGGCCGGACACCCAAGGUGCUGACCAGCCACCCCAACCCCAACCCUUCCAAGGCAGUGGAGCCUUUAAAAUUCCCCAAAAAGAGGGGGCCAAAGCCUGGUGGGAAGCGAAAGCAGCGAAUGUUACUCAAUCCAGCACCCACUUCCCCGACAACUAGCACUCCUGAGCCUGACACAAGUACGGUACCACAAGAUGCAGCUACUAUUCCCAGUUCUGCUAUGCAGGCCCCUACAGUUUGCAUCUACUUGAAUAAAAACGGUAGCCCCGGGCCUCAUCUGGACAAAAAGAAAAUCCAGCAAUUGCCUGACCAUUUCGGUCCGGCUCGAGCGUCCGUAGUCCUGCAGCAAGCAGUCCAAGCUUGCAUUGACUGUGCUUACCACCAGAAAACUGUCUUCUCAUUCCUUAAGCAAGGCCACGGAGGAGAGGUUAUUUCAGCUGUGUUUGAUCAUGAGCAGCACACACUAAACUUACCAGCAGUGAAUAGCAUUACUUACGUCCUCCGUUUCCUUGAGAAACUUUGCCACAACCUGCGUAGUGACAACCUCUUUGGGAACCAGCCCUUCACUCAGCACCACAUGCAUCAUUCCAGAGAAUACGACCAUGACAAAUACCUACCAGACAGGAGCAUUUCGUUAGACGGCUCUCUGCUGGGUCCAGGCCGGGGUACAAAGAGGUAUUCCCAAGAGUUCCUUCCAUACAGUGCUCCUCUCUCCCCCAAGUUACCAAAGAAUGACCAUCACCCUUUGGAAGGUGAAACCUUUGUCUUGAAUGAUAGUCUCCCUGGUCCUCUGGAGCCUCGCUUGGACCCGAUCGACUCGGCCUUGAAUGCCGUUAGCGUGUCCAGUCCCAUUCGGAACUCAAGGGACUUCCGACUUCAGGGAUACCGACACCUUCAUCAGCCCUCCAGCCUCACUCAGUGCAGUACCCCUGCUGGGCAUAGGCUGAGUGCUGGGGGCUCUGACAGAUACCUGAGUUCUCGAGAUACUUCAAGGUUGGGUACCCGGGAUCCCUCUGCCUGGACCGUAGAAGAUGUCAUGCAGUUUGUAAGAGACGCUGACCCCCAGCUGGGACCCCAUGCAGAACUCUUCCGAAAACACGAGAUUGACGGCAAGGCCUUACUCUUGUUGCGAAGUGACAUGAUGAUGAAGUACAUGGGCUUGAAACUGGGGCCAGCGCUGAAACUCACCUACCACAUUGAUAAGUUGAAACAGGGCAAGUUCUGAAAAAAGACUCUUCCUGGGACAAUCAUUGGCCCUCUCAGCUCUCCGCGAAAGGCACGUAAGACACGUGUCCCCCUUCUGCAGCCACCGCGUCCACGGAAUCACUAGGACACCUUUCUUAACCAGCAGAAGAAAGGUGACUUCCUGCAGGAGGAAGGUCCUACGCAUCCCGAAUCAUCGUACGAAGCUUCAGGUGGACUCUCACAAAAAAGGGAGAAGUUUCCUCAGCUCUCCACUGGUGGCCUCUGGGACCGUAUCUGACAGGGGCGAGGAUGCCUCCGGUGGGCGGAGCUGUGGCAGGGCCGCCCUUGCAUUCGACUCGGCUGUUUUGGCCCGUCUCUUUUGAUCACAGCCUCUUCUUUUGCUGCUCUCUUCGAGAAGCCUCUUCAUGCAAUGGGAGGAGGACGUCAAGAGGUCACUUUUCUGUGCCCUGCAGAAGAAACUCGGUAGAAGAAGCCACCUGAGGAGGACAAGCGGCUGCUGCUCUCCAGAUGAUGCACUCCCUUGGGUGCAGGAGUGGGGUGGGAGUUUUGGCAGGAGCCCUAUCCAGCAAGCUGCACUCCCUGCCUGCAGAUCUCACUUCUUACUUCUCACUUGGUGCUGUUAAUCUCUUCCUGUAUCGAGGACUCAAGCUGUUCCCCCUCCACACACACACACACAAACCCACACACAUAUUGCUGGCUGAUAGGCAGACAAUUCUUCCUAUUUAUUUUGACACAAGCAGCGGCUCUGCGUUUGUGUUGUUUACCAUUCCAACACUACAAGGGAGCCGGGACGGUGGAAGGCAUGUGGUCCUAUACUGAAGUGGCACAGAGCAUAACAACUAAGCAACAAACCACCCCCACCCCCCACUCCCCCUCACUCCUGCCCUGCAGCUUGAACGUUUUCUACUGGCUCUCGAGAUGGCAACCAUUUUAACUUUUCCUCUGGGUAGUUCGACAUCUCCUCUUCUACCGUGGUACCAUUUAAUAUAUCUCCCACUUCACCCUGGCAGAAUUUUCUCGAUAGCUAGCUAGCUAGCUACCUACCUACCUACCUACCUGGCGGGCAGGUAGGAUAGCAGAGAGAUGCAGAAAUGCGGCUCCUUUUUUUCACGUCGGUCCACCAAUUUCAGUAGCAAAACCUGAAUCGUAUGUGUAUGCUGGAAAAUAAUGUAUUUAUUUUUAUGGCACUUGAGUGGAUGGUCCCCAUUGUCCUGUAGUUAGAGAGGUUUUGCUGCUGGCAGGUGAGAAGAGAAGGAGGAGGAGGCCAUAACCCGGUGCCCCACAAUUCUGCUUUUUCUCCAGGUCCUCCACUGAGGUGUGCUUUGUGUCUGGAAAGCAAGUAUGUGAUGCUUUUUAUAAAAAAAAAAAAAUCCUUCAGAAUAACCAUAGCAGCUUGUUCUUUGGGAUGCAGACAAAUGAAUGCUUGAGACUCAGUUGCCCAUGGCUGUUCGCCUGCUCUGAUUCCUGAACUGGGAAAAAGGGUUAGGCAAAGGUACAAGCCUUUCAUAGCAUUUCUUUCUGCCCAAGUUACACACCCCGCCGCUCCUUCCCGGGGCCGCUUCUUCCUCUCCCAAACACUUCCGGAAGAGAAGCUCAGAAGGCAAAGCAAGAGGGCCUCUAAAACAAAAGAAUGAAAAUUCACAGGCAAUAAACCAAUUCCAGAAAGGAGGAUCCAGCAGUGACUGUGACGUGCUGGAAUGGUGCGACUCGGUCACCAUCUUGGUUGUCCAGUUUAGCCCCUCCCCCCCCUCCCCCCUCCCCCGGGGCAGGCCACCUGUUUCUGCUAUUACUGCCUGGUUGCAGAAUACCGUUUCUGUAAGCACUGCCUACGGCAGGUAGCAGGAAGAAUCCUGCCAGUGUUCUUUUCUGCACUUACUCUGAUGAUUUUGUUUAUAAAUGAAAUAAAAUUUUAAAAAAGACGA